GAGCCCUCUACAGGGAUGUCAUGCAGGAGAACUAUGAGACGGUGGUCUUGCUGGGGUUUCCAAUUUCCAAACCUGAUAUGAUCUUGCAACUGGAACGAGGGGAAGAGCCAUGGGUUCCAGACCUCCACGACUCUCAGAAAAAAGUGCUCCCGGGAGCUGCCUUCACAGGGAGUGACCUAUAUCUGGAUUCUCUCUGUAUCCCAUCAGAUGUUGGGAUGGUGUGUGAGAACAAGGCGAAACCCCAUCAGGAAGAUGCGGAGCAAGUAGAAUACCAUGGGAUGUUAUUAGGAAGAUCCAAAGGGAAUGAUUCUGGGAGUUAUGCACUCCCAGAAAAAGCAAAAGCCUGUGAGAAUCGACAUAGGCCAGAGGAAAACUUCAGUAGCCACUCAGACCUUAUAACAUGCGAGAGAAUCAACUUGAAAAAGACACGCUACACAUGCCAUGAGUGUGGGAAAAGCUUCAUUGGUAGUUCAGCUCUCAUCUUACAUCAGCGAAUCCAUGCAGGAGAGAAGCCCUACGCAUGCUCUGAGUGCGGGAAAAGCUUCAAUCAGAGCUCUGCCCUGAUUGCACAUCAGAUUAUUCAUACGGAUGAGAAACCUUAUGGAUGCUCUGAGUGUGGAAAACGCUUCAAUUGGAGCUCACACCUUAUCAGUCAUAGGAGAAUCCACACGGGUGAGAAACCUUAUGCAUGCUCUCAGUGUGAGAAACGCUUCAGUGCUAGUUCAGCCCUCAUCUCACAUCAGCGAAUCCACACGGGAGAGACGCCCUACACAUGCUCUGAGUGCGGGAAAAGCUUCAAUCAGCGCUCUGCCCUGGUCAGCCAUCAGAGAAUCCACACAGGAGAGUGGGAAUAG